AAUCGUAGGCUUCUUACUUUUUAACUUUUAUGCCAUGACAUUUCAACAAAUAAUCAAUAUUUAUAAAACAAAUUUAUACAUUUUGGAUCUUCAGACAUUCUACUAUGAAAGUGUAUUGAAGAACCACUGUGCGUCGCUGGUUUAAUGCAGAAAUGACAUAAUUGAAAACCAUUCAUUAUGUUCUUUCGGCGGGAGAGAAUCUGAUAUCUUAUAUAGUCGAUCGUAUAAUUAUACGUAAAAAAUUGUCGUGUCGGGACGUGAAAUUGCCGCGAAACGUUUAACUAGGUUGUGAAGCGAUUAUCUCAUGGUCGCCAGACUGUGGGGUCAAUGGUGAUCGUGAAUUCAGCGGGAACCGGUUUAUUCUAUGCCAAUAAAUCAAAAAUGGCAUCGUCAGAUCCCGUCCUUGUUGCUACAAAAGUACGAACGGGUGGCAUUUGGGUCACGAGAAGUAGCUGUUCUUUUUCAAAUUAUAGUACAAACGCAACGGAAUGUCUUUCUUCGCUUGGAAGGGAAACAAUCGUUCCGAAAGUACCGAGCAUGCCGGCCGCAAUUUGCAAGACGGCCUUUUUCAAAUCGCCUCUCAAGCUUGUCAUAUUUUAGUGCAAGUAAACAAUACCCACAACGUCUCGUACGGUGGCAACAAUAACGUGCGGAACGUGGCGUACUCGAAAUGCUCAACGAACGGGGAAGACCCGGCAAGCGUCAGCACUAAUAAAGGAGCAACGUCCACCGUAAACUCUUAUACGAAGUACACGAAAGAACGAAGCAAAGAUCAAGACGUGGUCGUUUUAUUACCGCAUCGUAAGAACAGGACGCCACUCGUUAAGCAUAAAUUAUCUACAGUAUCAGAGAACGCGGGAUUAGAAUUGAAUCCGUCGAAGAGUAUCAACAGCGCCGGUGCUGCAGGCAACGCCAAUAACACUGAUGACGAUUUCGAAUUGUGGGAUCAUUCUGGUUUCAUGCUUAGGAGCGACGCUGAUGAUCCGAUGACGAAUAAAUGGAGAGGUUCGCAAGGAUGGUGCAAACCGAGUUGCAUUCCGAUCACGAUCAUACUAAUUUUAAUAGUGCUGGUCGUUUUAUUACCGUUGCUGGAUCACGCCGCGGAGAAGUACGCUUUGAACAACACAAACCUCGGCUUCGAUUCAAACUGUUUAAACGGUUGCAAUUUAACGUUUGUGGAAACGCUGCCCAUCGGCAUGACCUACGCCGACAGCAACGUUUCCCUCGAGAGUACUUACGACUCUUGGAUAAAAUUGAUUUCGUUGGCGGAAGAGAGGAUAGAAAUAGCGUCGUUUUACUGGACCAUGACGAGGGAGGAUGUGUACCCGGAUGAUAGCGCGAAGCAGGGCGAAGAGGUUUUUCGCUCGCUACUCAGAGCGGGCAAGGAUAAUAACGUUCAGCUGAAAAUAGCGCAGAACAUUCCUUCGCAAAUUAGCCCGAACGUCGAUACGGAGGUGUUGACGAAAAAAGCAAAUGCCCAGGUAAACAAAACGAGUUACAGGAAUGGAAAGCUACGUUGUCUCGCGAACGAUUAUGCUAAAAUCUUCGACGCUUAUUGGAUGGUGGGCGAGAAUGGGAAAAUACCGGAAACCUGGCCAGACUCGUUCCAGACAAAAAUCAACUCCACGAAUCCGAUGAACUUCGCGUUCAUGGACAAUAAAUACAAAACAUUCGUCGCAAGUUCGCCUCCGCCAUUUUCGCCAAAGGGCAGAACUAACGACGUAGAUGGGAUCCUUUAUUGCAUCGAAAGGGCAGAGAAGUUCGUUUACGUCGCGCUUAUGGACUAUUUCCCAUUGACUAUAUACUCGCCGAAAAUCAAGUACUGGCCUAUCAUAGACGACGCGCUGAGAACUGCAGCCGUCGAGCGUAAAGUACAUGUACGAUUGUUGAUAUCGUCUUGGAAACACUCGCGUAAAUCGGAAGACUAUUUCCUGAAAUCGCUGGUCGAUCUCACUGGGAGUUACUCGGGCGUCGAAAUCGAAGUGAGGAGAUUCAUAGUUCCUACUAAUUCGACUUUCGACAAGAUACCGUUCUCCAGAGUGAAUCACAACAAAUACAUGGUGACUGACACAGCGGCGUACAUAGGAACGAGCAACUGGUCCGGCGAUUAUUUUACGAACACCGCAGGUAUAGGCACGGUGAUCGAAAGCGUGGGCGAGGAAACAGCGGAGAACCUACGACAGCAAUUAGAGGACGUUUUCAACCGCGACUGGUACUCCAAAUAUUCAUACGACCUAAACGGCGGUUCGUCGUUCCCAGAGCAAUCUGCAAACGCCAUCGAAGAUGAUUACUACGUACGUUCGUCACGUUACAUAUUAGCGUAAAAACGUGAUUAACAGACGUCGGAUAAAAUGCAGAUCAUCGUCCGACAGGUCUGAGAGACCUAACAUGUUCCAACGUCUCCUCAUUUACAGACGUUAAAUCUUCUUUCCUCUUCCUCAUUUUUUUUUUUUCUUUUACUUUUGAGCAAACGCAUUCACGCGAUUGCCCGUGGUCAAUAAACAUCGACUCUGAAUACUGUUUGUUCCGUUGCGCGUCACGUACGAACACAAACACAAACGCAUUUCAUCCUCUUCUUCUUCUUCUUUGGUUCCUUUCUUACUUCCUUCCUCUUCAUUUAUUCUUAUGACCUCCUUUGCGCGUGCAAAUACACGUCCACGUAGGUACAUAUUACAUGCAUAUAUACAUAUGCAUAUAUACAUAUAUAUACACAUACGUUAUACCUGGAAUCAUGAAACUUGAGGGAAUAGCCUUACGUAAUGAACGUUCGUGUGCCUUACUUAAGUGCCCUUGCGAAUAAUUUUCUAUGGACGAACAUUAUCUUGACGCCAGAGAGGAACCUGUCUCUCUCUCUAGAUAUGUUUUCAUUUCUAAGACCCGGCAAAGGUCAAUUAACGCGUUUGUAAUAAUAUAUACGAUCGCCUCUUACCCCUGCGAGCGCGUCGCAAACAAAAAGAGUCACAAGAAAGCGGUGACACUCAUUUUUUUAUUGAUAUUGUAAAUUGCUGAUUCAAUCGUACGGGUAAAUGACGUAUUUUAACAUGCAAAUCAGGCAUCCCGGGGCAAAAAGUCUGCCGAUCAAGACGUGAUCGCGACACGUCCAAAGGGUACGUGCGCGUUUCUCCGACAAGUACAAUAAAUACAGGGUGUUUCAUAAUAAGUGUUAGAGUCGAGAAGAAUUGAUUCUGCGACUCUCGGAUCAAACCGAGAUCGGUAUUGGGAAAACCUGCGGUGCAGAACGAACGAGUAAAUAUCGAUUUGCCACUUUCGUAUUAAACAAGGUUAAAACCUAUGAAUGUCAAGAUUAAAACCUAUGGAAAAAAUGUUAGAACCUACAAAGAGAGUUUCUGAAUAACAAUUUCCUUUGGCAAAAUGCAGAGUUAAGAAUGGU